AUGACGAAGAUUAAGAAGCCACCAGUGGCCCCCAAGCCCAGGUUUGUUGUGGCAAAUAAUAAGCCAGCUCCACCUCCUAUUGCACCUAAACCUGACAUUGUGAUUUCUAGUAUUCCACAGUCAACAAAGAAAAUGAAACCAGCAAUAGCCCCGAAACCAAAAGUCCUGAAGAGCUCCCCUGUUCGAGACGUUGGACAGUCACCAUCAAGGAAAAUCAUGGUGAACCUGGAAGGGCAUAAACAGGAAUUAGCUGAAAGCACUGACACUUCUAAUUGUAAAUAUGAAAGCGAUCAGAGCAGCGAUUGUAUUUCACCAAUGUGUUCCUGCAGUUCUAAAUGUAUCCAUAAGCUUGGCCAUAGAGAGAAUUUGUGUGUAAAGCAGCUUGUUUUAGAGCCCCUGGAAAUGAAUGAAAAUUUAGAAAACAGUAAAAUUGAUGAGUGUUUGACUAUAAAAACUAGUAGUAAAUGUGAUUCCUGUGGGGAAAAGGCCAAGAACCAUGGUGGGGUCAUUUUAAAGGCAAGCAUCCUAGAAGAGAAGCUCAAAGAUGCCUUAGUACACCGAAUGCCACCUUUUAUUUCCUCACAGAAGCACAGGCCCACAGACAACCCAGAAAUGAAUGGUGACUGUAAUUCAAACGAACAAAUCAGACUUGAAUUUGCAGAUUUGUCACCUUCCCCAUCCAGCUUUGAAAAAGUUCCUGAUCAUCACAGUUGCCACUUACAGCUUCCUAGUGAUGAAUGUGAAAACUUUGAAACUUUCCAGGAUGAUAGUGAAAAAAGCAAUAAUUGCUUUCAAUCAUCUGAACUAGAGGCUCUGGAAAAUGGGCAAACGAGUACUUUUAUAUCUUCAGAUGGAGUUAGUAAGACAUCAGAAGUCAAAGAACUUGGUCCCUUAGAAAUUCAUUUAGUACCAUAUGUCCCCAAAUUUCCAACUCCCAAGCCCAGAAAGACACGAACUGCUCGUCUGUUACGCCAGAAGUAUGUAGAUACUCCUAGUGAAAGCACUGAAGAACCAGGGAAUUCAGACAGUAGCUCUUCCUGUCUUACUGAAAAUAGUUUGAAAAUCAGCAAAAUCAGUGUUCUUCAUCAGAAUGUUUUGUGUAAGCAGGAACAGGUAAAUAAAGUGAAGCUAGGAAAUAUAAGUGAAUUGAAUGUGGAAUCUCACAGUGACACACAGGACUUCGUGAAUUCACAAAAAGCCAGUUGUCAUGAAACAUCUUCAUUUGAAAAAAUAGCCCCUUCUUUUGAUACAGACUCUAAUUUGAGUUCUGAUAGCACAACUGUAGAUGGUUCCAGUACGUCACUUGCUGUGGAUGAAGGGACCAGUUUUAUAAGAUGUAGUACUCUAUCUAUGAGCCUGCCUAAGCAGCUCAAAUUAACUUGGAAUGAACAGUUGCAAUCUGGGAGAAACCUGGGAGUUUCUGCUCCUCAAAUGCAAAAGGAAUCUGUUAUAAAAGAGGAAAGUUCCCUACGAAUUGUCCCCAAAAAACCUCAGAGACACAGCUUGCCUGCUACAGGAGUGCUUAAAAAGGCUGCCUCUGAGGAGCUUGUGGAAAAAGGUUCUUAUUCCGUUGAAGAAAAAAGUUCAGAGAAGGGUCUAGAAAGAAAUCACCUUCAGCAUUUGUGUGCCCAAAACCGUGGUGUGUCAUCCUCCUUUCGAUAAGCCUAAGCGGGCUUCAGAAAAACCAGUGUGGAAAUUGCCUCAUCCUAUUUUACCCUU